UUUAUUGAGUUUACCAAACUCAGAAAUUGGAUCAUGAAAACGAACACGCAAAAUACGAAAAAGGGAAAAAAAAUAAUUUAAAAAAAAAAAACCUGGAAAAAGGCACUGUCGAAGUAUUCACUCUCACACGCGCUCACUCUCUUUCUCUCUCUACAUUUCUCAACCUUCGUCGUCGUUUCCAACUCUGUUUUUCCCCCUAGAGUCGCUGAUUCGCCGGAACCCUAAUUCGAUCCGGGAGAUACUCAAAGUCUUCGGUAACAUUGGUUUUGGGGUUAAAUUAGAGCUAGUUUUGAUUUUUUUUCUGUUGAAGCAGUAGAUGAGUGUAUGUUUGGGAAGCAGCUGAGAGACGAAACGGGCUGGAUUUCGUCACCGGAUGGAGGGAGGGAUACACCCAUGGAUUAUGAUGACAAUGAUUUUCACAGCCAAAAUUUUCAUCUAGCUGGAGAAGGGAGUUCUAAAUUUCCUCCUGUUUUGCGACCUUAUCCUCUUCCCAAGUUUGAUUUUGAUGAUAGCCUUCAGAACCAUUUGAGGUUUGAUAAUUUGGUUGAAACUGAGGUUUUUCUUGGCAUUGAAAGUAAUCAAGAUAACCAUUGGAUUGAGGAUUUCUCUCGUGGAAGUAGUGGGAUAGAGUUCAAUUCAAGUGCUGCAGAAUCUUGCUCUAUUUCUAGACAUAACAAUGUCUGGUCAGAGGCCACUUCUUCUGAAUCUGUUGAAAUGCUAUUGAAGUCUGUUGGGCAGGAAGAAACUAUUGUCACGCCAACCAUCAUUGAGGAAUUAGAUGCCUGUGAUGAAUUGGGUUGCUUAACAAAGCAAAUGGAGCAUAGUUUGAAACAUGAUGACAAUAAUAUUCUUUCAAAGACUGAGGAUGGUACAAACUUAAAUACUACCUCAUCUCCAGAUGGGAUAGUUGGAAACUCUUCUAGCUCGAAGAGGGAUGUAGGUGUAGACCAACCUCUUAUUGAGGAUACUUCACAAAUUCAGAGUGAUGAAAUUGCAAAAAAUAGUAGUUUGCAUGAUUCUCAUAAAAAAGCUGAUAAUGGAGAGAGUGUUUUACUUGUAACUGAUGGGGAUAUCUUGGUGAAUGAAAAAUUUGAUGAUGUGAGCAAAAGUGCAGUUGAUACCUUGGCUGAUGAACAGCUGGAUGUCCAAAUACAAGAAGACUCUUUUGCUUCAAGGUUGCAAGUUGAUAAUUCAGUGACCACUGUGCAAAGUGUUGUCUCAAGCAGUACUGGAAUUAGUAGGUUGCAAGUUGAUAAUUCGGUGACCACUGUGCAAAGUGUUGUCUCAAGCAGUACUGGAAUUAGUGGUAUUGAUAUUGAACAUCAGAUGAAUGCUGUGAGUAAUGAUAAUACUGGAAGUCAGGUUUCAAGCAAAGAGGAAAUUUCUGUGGUUUCAGCUUCUAAGGUCGAAGCUGUUUCAGAUAUUAAAGAGGUUAGCAAAAGUAAUGUAGAUGAAUCUUUAAGUGAAGUAGAGAAGGGAGAUUCUGAGCUGCCUAUAGUGUCUGAAAGCAAUGAAGGUGAGUUUUCUGGUAAACCUAUUGAGGUCAGUAAUCAUGAAAAUGUGGUGCUGUGUAAAAACACAGUUGAUGGUGAUCAGGAAGAAGUUAAUACGAUUAAUGUAAUAUCAGAACCUGUCAAAAGUGAAACUCAGUUUGAGAGACCUGUAGUUGAGGUCAGCAAUAUAAGUUCAGAAGUUCGAUCUACUCUGGAACCAACAAAGGAUUUUGUAGAAAACAGUCGCAAGGAAGAUGUGUUCGAAAGUAGUCAGCAGUUAGAUGGUGAAACUUUAGUUCACAGUUCUGAGGUAUAUUUGUCCCCUAUUGAGGACGCUAAGGUUUCAGAACAUGAAGGUCUUGCAAGUAGCAACAGUCAAAUGGGAGGUAUUUCCAGUAUGAGUGGUACUUGCUCUUCAGUUGAAUUACAUAGCGAAACCAAUGUCACUGGAGUUUUGAAGGGUGUUCACGAUUCCCUUGAAACUUCCACAGAAGAUUUGAGUUCUGCUAGCCAUGUUUCACUUGCCAUUCUAACUGAAUCCACACAAAUAUCUGAGAAGAACCAUGCAUAUGGAGAGGCUGAUGUUUAUAUAUCUAAUCAACAUGUUUCUGUUGUUGACAAAGAUAAUUUAAAGUUGCAUAAUGAUUGCAAUGUAGAUAAUGAAACUAUAAAUAAAGAAGGUGCCUCCUCAUCGAUUGGUGAUGAUAAAUGUGCUACUGCUGCUGGCAGUGAACCAGUGUCAGAUAGUAGUGUUGUGCCAAAUCCUUAUUUGGCUCCCUAUGAGAUUAGUGAUAGUUCUUUGCCUACUAAAGAUGUAUUGAAGAUAGAUGAUCACAAGGACAUUCAAGUAUCGGCUGUUCCUGUUGUGGGGUCAACUCUCUUAGAAGGAAAAGAAGAAGCAAGGACAGAAGCUUUUGCAGAAUCAAGUGUGGCGGCUUCUUUGGUGUCUUGUCAAGUAGUUGCUGCACCAGACUCUGCUGAAAAAGGUGCUUCUUGUGUUACUGCUGGGGGCCUCUUACACAAGCCUCCCGAUCUUUAUCUGCCAACAGAAAAUAAACCUGAAGUUGAAACAAAUUCUAAGGAUCCAGCAGCUGUGGAAGUUAGCAAGGAGUGCACUAAGGAGAUGAACAUUCCCCUUCACGAAUCUACAGUGAGAGAGGGUGGUCAUGUCAUGGAACCGGUGAUUGUCCCUGAAAAUUCGAAGCAAUUCAUUAUUGAAAAACAUGUGUUGCAGGAUGCUGCAAGUAUCAGCAGAACCGAACUUACUACGAAUAAAGAUAAGAUGCUCUCACCUGGUGGCCCUCUACCAUUGGUAGAAUCAGGCAUUAGUCAAAAAGUUCAGGAUGGUAAUGGGGCAGCUAUGCUGACAGUUGGAGAUAAAACUUUUGCACAGCCUAACACCAAAAAUAAUGUAGGCAGUUCUGCUGAUCACAGCGUACCUACUCCUGGUUCCAAUCAGCUGUCUCAGAAUAAACAUGGGGUGGCAAAGGGUGGUAAGAGGAAGGCCUCAGUUUCUAAGGUGAUUGAUAGUGACACUGGAAUUGUUGUAUCCAACACGAUCGGUCAAAAAGGAUUGGAUUCCGUGAAGGAGGGGAAAGCAAGCAUUGUUGGUUUGUCUGCAGAUUUGUUCAAAGGAGAUGUUGGAAAGAACUUGCAGUGCCUUCCUGCUAGCCCAGCUCCCAGAGCAAGUCCACAAGUAUCUGAUGGAGAACAUGUCCGUGGUCGUUCUAAAGGUACUUCAGAGCGUAAACCUAGACGAUCAUCUGCUAAGGCAGCAGGAAAAGACAGUGGAAAGAAAGGAGUUUCUGUGAAAGAAACAACUCCUGCUAGACAAUCAGAAAAAGGUGAUAAAUUAAGUAAUGUGUCGCUAAGUCCAUCUGGGAUUUUCCAUAUUAUGCAAUCAAAUGAGAUGCAGCAUUAUGGACAUGUUGAAGGCAAUAAUAAUAAACCGUACUUAGUUCUUGCUUCUUCAACUUCCGGUCUACCAGAUUUAAAUUCUUCAGCUCCACCUUCUACUGCCUUUCAACAGCCUUUUACAGACUUCCAACAAGUGCAAUUAAGAGCUCAGAUCUUUGUAUAUGGAGCAUUGAUCCAAGGGACACCACCUGAAGAAGGACAUAUGCUGUCAGCAUUUGGGGGAUCUGAUGGUGGAAGGAGCAUGUGGGGGAAUCUCUUGCAAGCAUGCAUUGAGAGGCUACAAAAUCAAAAGACUAAUGUUGUUAAUCAAGAAACUCCAUUGCAUUCACGUCAUACUACCUCUGCCACUGCUAGAACUAUUGACCAUUCCAGCAAACAGAGUGCUCUUCAAAGUAAAGUUAUCUCUACGCCUGUUGGUCGAUCAAGUGCCAAGGGCUCUCAAGCUAUUGUAAGCCCCAUGAUACCACUUUCAUCGCCACUUUGGAGUGUUUCCACUCCAGUCGGUGAUGCAAUGCAAUCUAGUGCCAUUCCAAGAGGUUCGGUUAUGGACUAUCAGCAAACACUUACUCCUUUGCAUCAUUUUCAAACACCACCUAUGAGGAGCCUUCUUGGACCCAACACUUCAUGGAUGCCUCAGACUUCUUUCCGUGGUCCCUGGGUUUCUCCUCCACAACCUUCUCUACCAGAGGCCAGUACUCGCUUGACAACAUAUCCGGGUACAGAAGCCAUUCAGUUGACUUCUGUUAAGGAAACAGCUAUGCCUCAUUCAACUGGUACAAAACAUGUCUUGUCCAGUCCAAUGGUUCAAACUGGAGCUCCUGCAAGUGUAUUGACUGCAGUCUCUCCCAUGCAGGAUUUCAAAAAGGUGACAUCAUCAUCUGGGCAACAUUCCUUUGACCCCAGGCCUAGAAAAAGAAAAAAGAAUCCAGUUCCUGAGGAAAUUGGCCAGAUCGUUUUGCAAUCUCUACCCCAGAGUGAACCAGUUUUAGCACCAGUACUUUCUGGUAGUCUGUCUACAUCUGUUGCCAUCACAACCCCCGCUUCUACUUCAGAGAAGUUAGUUAUGUCUGCAUCUCCUACAUCUUCCGCUUCUCUUAGAAAGACAGACAAUGUGAUGCAGAGAGCUUCCUUGUCAGAGGAUACUCUUAGUAAAAUUAAGGAGGCUAGUAAGCAUGCAGAGGACGCAGCUUCUCUUGCUGCUGCAGCUGUUGGUCAUAGCCAGGAAAUAUGGAGUCAGCUGGAGAACCAGAAAAAUUCUGGAUUGGUAUCUGAUGUUGAAGCUAAAUUAGCUUCUGCAGCUGUUGCAGUAGCAGCAGCUGCUGCUGUUGCAAAGGCAGCCGCUGCCGCUGCCAACGUUGCAUCAAAUGCCGCAUUGCAAGCCAAAUUGAUGGCUGAUGAAGCUUUUAUUUCAAAUAGCUUUGAAAAUCUAAGUCAAGGUACAAGAAGCUCAUUUUAUGAUGGAGUAAAUGUAUUGGGGAAGACUACCCCUGCCUCUAUUUUGAGGGGGGAAGAUGGUGCAAACAGUUCUAGUUCAAUAAUUACAGUUGCUAGGGAAACAGCUAGGAGAAAGGUUGAAGCUGCCUCAGCUGCUUCAAAGCGAGCUGAAAACAUGGAUGCAAUUGUUAGGGCUGCUGAGCUUGCUGCAGAAGCUAUAUCCCAAGCAGGGAAAAUUGUUGCCAUGGGUGAUCCCGUGCCUUUGAGGGAGCUGAUAGAAGCUGGUCCAGAGGGUUACUGGAGGGCACCUCAAGCUUCUUCUGAGUUGGUUGCAAAAUCAGUUGACAUGGAUAGAGAACAGUCAAACUUAGGAGCUGGAGAAGGUGCACAUACUUCUGCUAAGCAUUUAAAAGAUGGAAGAGUGGAUAAGAAAGAUAGUGAAAAGUCCGCUAUUUCAAGAGGGAUGAGCAAGGAGUCAAUAGAGGAGCAUUUGAGAUUGAUCGAUGGAAUCUCGGGCUCUGCUGCAGUAAGUGAGAAGGAAAUGAAAGGACAAAAGGGUCGUAAAGUUUCUGAUUUGACCAAAAACAUUGUUGUUGUUCUUGAGUCUGAUAGUUUAUCAAAAUUGUCUUCCGUUGAAGUUGAAAAGGCAGAAGAUGUCCCUGGAGAAAAUGGCAUUAAGGAAGGCUCUAAAGUUGAGGUAUAUAAAGAUGGUGAUGGAUUUAAGGCAGGCUGGUAUGGAGCUAAUGUAUUGAGUUUUAAUGAUGGUAAAGCUUGUGUAUCAUACACAGAGAUUGAACAGGAUGAAGGCUCAAAUGAGUUAAAAGAAUGGGUGUCUCUUGAAGGUGUGGGCAGUGACCCACCCAAAAUUCGCUUUGCUCGCCCUGUCACUGCAAUGCGAUAUGAAGGCACUAGGAAGAGACGCAGGGCAGCCAUGGGGGAUUAUAAUUGGUCUGUUGGAGAUAAAGUCGAUGCAUGGAUGACAAAUAGCUGGUGGGAAGGAGUAGUGACGGAAAGGAAUAAAAAAGAUGAAACAUCGGUAACAGUCCAUUUUCCUGCUCAUGGUGAAACUUCAGUUGUGAAAGCAUGGCACCUUCGUCCUUCUCUCAUUUGGAAGGAUGGAGAAUGGGUUGAGUGCUCAAACUUGCAAACUGAUCCCUCUUCACUCGAAGGUGAUCUUCCACAGGAGAAGCGACUAAAGAUAGGGAGUCCCUCUAUGGAAGCCAAAGGCAAGGAUAAGGUGUCAAAAAGUAUGGACAUCUUAGAUUCAGGGAAACCUCAAUCACAAUUACUAGAUUUAUCUGCAAAUGAUAAAGUAUUUAAGAUGGGUAAGAAUGCUAGAAAUGUGAGCAAGCCUGACUCAUCCAGAGUAGCUCGAACUGGUUUGCAGAAAGAGGGAUCAAGAGUAAUUUUUGGUGUUCCUAAGCCUGGAAAGAAGAGAAAGUUUAUGGAAGUUAGCAAGCAUUAUGUGGCAGAUCGGAGCAAUAAGAAUAGUGAGGCUAAUGAAUCUAUUAAAUAUCAAAAAUACAUGGCUCCUCAAGGAUCAGGAUCACGGACAGUGAAAAGUGAUCCUAAGGAAAAACGAAUGGCUGACUCGAAGCUUAAAGGUCUUAAGUCUGGUAAGCAGCAAAGUGUGUCAGGUAGAACCAUUCCACAGCGGAACUUUACAACAAAUGCAGUUUCUGUAUCUGGUGAGGUUGAGGGUACCACUGGAGAACUUGCAGCAAGAGACAAGGAAGUUUCUUUAAGCAAUGUUGAUAAUAUGUCCAGAAAGCAAAGCGUGAUGGAAACUGGAUCUUUCUCUACCUCUGAUAGAGCUGCAGAAGGUUCAUUUGCAUUUUCUUCUGAUGCCCCAACAUUAGAUGGUCCAUCUAAGAAAAAUUCUGUGUCAACAUCUAGAGUGGAGAGAGCAAAUAAAGGAAAUCUUGCACCUGGUAGUGGAAAAUUGGGUAAAAUUGAUGAGGAUAAAGCUUUUAGUGGAAACUCUUUCAAAUCGACCUCUGAAGCCAUUGAGCCACGGAGAUCUAAUCGAAGAAUUCAGCCAACAUCUAGACUAUUAGAAGGAUUGCAAAGUUCACUGGUGUUACCAAAGUUCUCUUCUAUGUCGCAUGACAAAGGUCCCAGAGCUCAAAACAGAAAUACCCCUAGAGGGAACAAUCAUGGUUAAGAGCUCUUUCGUGUGAGGCGUCCCAGUCCCAGUCCCAGUCCCAGUACCAAAGAAAGAACCUAGCAUAGUUUAUGUGUAUAUCGAUAUUAGGGAACAAAACUAGGAAAAGAAUCUCUCAUGCUUCCUUUGUUUUAGUCGGCUCAUAACAAUUUAGUGAGUAGAUGUUUAUAUUGAUUUUAGUUUUAAAUUAUGAUUUUCCUAGGUCUUACCCCAUUAGCUUGUAUAUGGGAACUCCAUGUAGUUGGCUUGUGAUUGGAGGGUGAAUUUCAGAUGAUUAAUCACAAACUGUUGCUCAUACAUCUCUAUCUCUCUCUCUCUCUUCACCUUCAUUUAUUUACAUAAUGUUUUGGUUUGAAAAUAAUUGAUAUUUCUCGAUGGAUAUUCCUCUA